CGUCCUCUCUCCACCACAACCAAUGCAAGAAUCCUAUAUACUACUAUCCAUCACUCUCCCCUUAACUUCCGCAUUCUCUCUCUCUCUCUCUAUAUAUACACACACCACAAAGUUCUUCCAACAGUUGCAGCAAACUUUCAGAAAAAUAAGCCUACAGCCUCAACAGUCGCAACAAUGCAGAAUCUGCAUCUCCAAACCCUUUUAUUUUAUGUCUCUUUCUUGCAAUUCCUGGUAUCCUCAUGGAGCCAGAAUCAGCAGUAUUAUUACAAUCAACAAAAGAACUAUGAAGGCUCUUCAGACCUUAUAGACCUCAAAUACCACAUGGGACCUGUCCUUGCAUCCCCUAUAAACCUCUAUAUAAUAUGGUAUGGCCAAUGGAACCCCUCACAUCAGUCCACCAUAAGAGACUUCAUCCACUCCUUCUCUUCUCCAGCACCUCACCCUUCAGUUGCUGACUGGUGGCGCACCGUUAUGCUCUACACUGAUCAAACAGGUUCAAAUAUAACCAACGACAUCAUGCUCUCCGGUGAAUUUUUCGACUACAAAUACUCCCAAGGCAGGUACCUCACUAGACUAUCGAUGCAAUACAUCAUCAAGAAUGCAGUCACAGCUUCAUACACAAGACCGUUGCCUCUCAAUUAUCACAGUGGACUGUAUCUGGUGCUGACAUCUUCUGAUGUGCAAGUGCAAGAAUUUUGCAGGGCAGUUUGUGGGUUCCAUUACUUUACCUUCCCCUCUAUCGUCGGGGUGACAAUGCCUUAUGCCUGGGUGGGGUAUAGUGGGAGGCAGUGCCCGGGGAUGUGUGCUUACCCAUUUGCAUGGCCUAAGUACUCUGGCAUGAAGCCGCCACCAGGGACAAAUGACAUAAUGGGUGCACCAAAUGGGGAUGCUGGAAUUGAUGGGAUGAUAAGUGUGAUUGCACAUGAGAUGGCAGAAGUAUCUAGCAACCCUUUGAUUAAUGCGUGGUACGCUGGGGAUGAUCCAACAGCGCCUAAUGAGAUAGCUGAUUUAUGUUUAGGUGUUUAUGGAAGUGGCGGUGGUGGAGGUUAUAUGGGAGUUGUGUACAAAGACUCGAGGGGAAACGGGUUCAAUUUGAAUGGGGUGAGGGGGAGGAAAUUCCUUGUGCAAUGGGUGUGGAACCCUGUGAGGAGAAGAUGCUUUGGGCCUAAUGCAUUGGAUUAGAGGAAAGAAUUCAGCAACAUUUUUACUAUCAUGUCUCAUGUAUAUCUAUCAGCUUGUGUACCCUUAAUUUGUGUGUUCAAUUGGCGCAGGUAACAUAUCUCUUGUAUAUGGAUCGUGGGUCAACUUUAUCGAAUAUUUCAAUGUUAAUGCUAGUUUAGUACUUGGUAAUAUUUGGACAGAGCAGAUGAACAUUGAAGGUGUUGCAGAAACCUGAAGCAUAAUAUACUUGUUAUAGAGCAGUAAGUAAAGUGGCAUGUGAAUUGUGAUGGCUGAGAGCAUCUGAAAGCAUUAAAGCGACUUGGUUAAGGGUCUUGUGUAGAACAGUAGUGCCAAGAAAAGAAUAAACAGCUAGCAGUAGGUGGAGGAGUGGUAGUUCCCUUUAUGUCAAUGCAUCAAGAAACAAGAAAACCUCCAAAUUCAAUGCAGCCCAGUCCCACCAAACUGUUGUUUCAAUUAUCAUCU